AAAACAGUGUGGAACUUCUGCAGUAAGAUGACAACAGGAGGCUAAAACAUUAAUUCUGGGUAGUGGACUAGUGAUUUUUCUUAAGCAUUAUUUUUUAUGUGUGCUUGUAAGACACAACUCUAGGUUUUUUCUUCUGUAUUUGCUCACUGUUUAAAAUUACUGGUCUGCUUUGAUAUGCCCUUUAACAUUUUUAGUCUGCUGCAGAAGUGGGAGAGGCUUGUCUCCUUGCUCAAAACCUCUUCCUUUAUCAAAAUAUGACUGUUAGAAUGGGAGAGCUUUGUUUUCUCCUGAAAGUUGAAAAUUUAAAUCCUAAUAAAAUAUAUAGCAAAAUUUUUUAACAUCCUAAGUUGCAUUCUGGCUUACUAAAUACUGUCUAAAUUAAUGAGUUAAUUUGAAAAACUUAGGUAAUGCAAAAUGGCUGUGUAAUUUCUUAUUCCUUGUCUUUGGUGUUUUGUACAUUAGAAAGCAAGAUUAUUAAUGAGCAGAAAGACAUUUAUAUAAUUCAGAAUGUCUCAUUGGUGGCAUGCGCAUUCUGACUUUAAAGCUGAGAUGAAAUCAAGUUGAAAUGCUGGAGAAAUCCCUUGGGAGUUUCUUUAUAAUUGCUGCUAUGCUUAAUAUUAGCACUGUGACAGUUCCCCACUCCAUUGGUUCCUUGUUAAUAGGUUAAUCCUGCUCUUUGUAUCCAUGUAUACAACGAUCUUUGAGCAAAAUGGAAUUGUUGCCUUAUUCAGAAUUAGGGAUAUCUGGGUUUAUUGAGGAGCAGUUUCUGAUCAAAGCAAUCUGUAUGACCACUAAAACGAGUUUGUUGUUUUAAAACUACUGCUCUGUGUGGAGUUCAAUUACUGCAUCCCCGCCUUCCCGGGCUGUGGAAGGGGAGGAAGGGAAUUGUUGCAAACCUGUUGCUAUGGCCACGUAGCAGGGGCUGGGCUGCUCGUGUGGCUGGAAUCCUCUGCAUCAGCUGCUGCUCGUUUCAGAGGGCCACUGUUUGCUGCUGCAGCUGAGCACACUGAGGUGGUCCUGUGUACAUGAGAAACAACUUUCCCUCCUUGCAAGCUGAGUUGAGGAAUCACCAGUUGAACUGAGAAGAAAAAAAGGUGAUGAGUCUGCAAGAACUUGACUUGUAGAAUUUAACUGAACUUAGACCAUGAAGUCCAACCUAAUGCAUUGGGUUCCCCCAGUGAGUAGAGAGAGAAUAAUCUCCCAGUUUCCCAAGUGGUACACACCUGAGGCCUGUCUGCAGCUCAAAGAGCACUUCCAUGCCCAGGUCAGGACUGCUUGUCAGCAGAGCACUGCAACAGCUGGGCUGAAAAUAUCCAAAGUGGUUGUGAUAGGAGACCUGCAUGUUGGGAAAACCAGUCUUAUCAACAGAUUUUGUAAAGAUAAUUUUGACCGAGACUACAAGGCAACCAUUGGAGUAGAUUUUGAGAUUGAACGUUUUGAGAUAAUUGGAAUGCCAUAUAACCUCCAGAUAUGGGACACAGCAGGUCAGGAGAAGUUCAAGUGCAUUGCAUCUGCUUACUACCGAGGAGCAGAGGCUAUAAUAACAGUGUUUGAUCUGGCUGAUAUCCAAACUUUGGAUCACACCAAACAGUGGUUAGAAGAUGCAUUGAGGGAGAAUGAGCCAGAUUCCAGCUUCAUCUUUCUGGUUGGAACAAAAAAAGAUUUGGUGUCAGGUGCUGUGUGUGACAGGACAGAGCUCGAUGCCAUCCGCUUUGCCAAGGAGAUGCAGGCAGAGUACUGGUCGGUUUCAGCCAAAACAGGAGAAAAUGUCAAAGAAUUCUUUUCCCGAGUUGCUGCCUUGGCCUUUGAACAGUCCAUGAUAAAGGAGCUGGAGAGCACUCCUGGGCACAGGGCCCAAAUUGGGGCAGGAAAUCUCAUCAAGCUAGAGAAGAAUGUUUUGGAAGUUCCAGAGGACAAUCCUCGAGUCAGCCUGAGUUGCUGCUAAGUGUCAACUGUUUCUGCAAGUGCCACACUUCUCUGCAACAAUGCUCUCUAACCAGAAAUAGUGAGCUUUAAUUUUAGAAAUGAGGGAGGACAAACUUACCCAAACUUUCUUGCUGAGAGUUCCCUUGCUGCAGGCUCCCUGUGCAGGGCGGUACAAUUGUUAUGUAAACCUUUCUCUGUGUAGCUGAAACACAACAUCCUUGUCUUAAUGCAAGAAGACAUUGCCAGUGCCGUGGGCUCACCUGUCUGCCAAAAAGGCUUGUAGUCAAAAAUGAUGUCAUUUUAGUGUGUUAUUUUUGAUAAUUCUCUAGAAAUCUUAGCUAGUGAGGUGACAUUCUCUUGUGGGAGCAGGAAACAAGUGGCAGGUCAGAAUGAAGGGUGGUAUCAAUACAGUUUUGCCUUUUAAAACAAUCGUGUAAAAUAACUCUGAUUGCUUUUAUGCAUUCCAAGUAUUUUAAAACUAUUUGAAAAUAAAUCUUUUAAACUAUCAGGCUUGGAAGUACACAAAUGCAGACUGCAUAGUUUCCACUGUGGUUUCUCCAUCCAGGAAAAAUGUUUAUUACUUUUCAUUCUCCACUUGAGAAUCAGAGCCCAGUAUUAAAUAUUUCCAAGCCUAAAAGAAGUCCAGGUAGGAACUUGGUUGUUUUAACACAGCUGUCUAAUAUUUUGAAAAAUCUUGCCAGAUAAGAAUGCUAUUCUUCUCCAUUCUCUUGAGUAAGAAAGAAUGGUCACACAGGUGCAUAAAAUGGAAAACAUUAUUUCCCUCUAAUUUUUCUAACAGCUCUCUGAACUAUAAUACUUUGUUGUACCUAGCUUAGAAUUCCAUGUUUCUAGUAUUAAUAUCCAGCAUGUCAGGCUUGCUGGCAUUAAAAAAUAUAGAUAAUGCUCUGAAUUUCAUAUUGCAAUUAAUUUAAAUGAAGGAAAACCUGUGAAUAGUUACAAGGUACUGUUUCUUGGGUUAUUUAUUCAAUCAUUGCAGAAUCAGCAGUAUCUUUAAAAAUAAUUGUAACAGGACUCAGAUUUGAGCUGCUGAGAAAUACAGAUAUUUAUCAAUAAAGAAGUGCAUCAAUCUGAAAAUAUUCUGGAUUCUCUGCCAUUUUUCCCACUUUAAGAAAUUGGAAAAAGUGGAAAAAAGAGCUUGAGCAUGCUUUUAUUAUUUUUCCUUUUGACGUAAGUUAGAGCAGCUUCCUAGAAUAUGAUGAAUAGAGAUCUAGGAACUCUGUGUCUUUUUUUAUCAGAUAAUCUUCACUUUGGCAAUUGUGCUGCCUGUUGGCAAGGACACAAAUGUAGCAUUUGGUGGAAAAAAUGAAUCUGUGAGGGUACAAAAGGAGCUCUUUAUCCAAAUAUGUAAUAUUUUGACCUUAUGAUGUUCUGUGCAGUUGUUCAGUUCCAGAGUCUGUUUCAAAGGGAGGUGAAUUUACUCUGUGCUCGUAGCACAGGCUUUGGCUGGGCAGCCAUGGCCUUGUGUGUCCUGAGUGAGAGGGGAGAUGGUUCACUCUGCUGCAGCUGAGCAGGUUAGCUGGGCUUCAGUGCUGACAAGAAAAAAAUGCUUACACUGCAAAAUGACUCAGGAACAAAUCUAAGAAAAUAUCCAUUUCUGGUUGGUUUUUUUGGUUUUUUUUCCCCACCAAGAAAUAUACUUCCUAAGGGUUUCUUCUGUUGCUGAGCUCAAUUAUUGUACAAAGUCACAGACAUGCAAUCUCCUCAACAACAUGCUCAUGUUGCCUGGGAAAUCAACUGGGACAGUUUUUUCCUAGGGAUUCAGCACACUGCAUUGUGUUAUUGCUGUUUUGUAUCCUCUGGAGCUCCAAAAACUUCACAUACAAAUGUAAUACUCUAUCAGUCAUCAGCUAUCAUGGGACAAUAACCUGAGUCUAUUAAAUGAUGGAUGCUUUGACUGGGUGGUUUUUGUUUGGUUGUUUGUUGGGUUUUUUGUUGUAAUUUUUUGUUUGUGUUUGGGGUUUUUUUGCUUGGUUGGUUUUAAGGGUGUUUUUAGCACCACUGAAACCUCCCCUGCAAAGAACUCCACAUUAAUAAUUUAUCAUCUAAAAUGAAUCUUGGAUCAUGUUGCAAAUGAUGAGUUGCUUAGGAAAGCACAAAAGAAACUAACUAUAGAAAAUAGAAAUUUUUAAGUUCUACCUGGCCAAUAUUUUAUUUCUGUAAAUCCAUUCUAUCAGCAUCUUAAUUGACUUUGAAGAAGCUUUAACAUUUUGGGAAACAGUGUUGAAAAAACUUGAACUCUCACUAUAGGUAGAGUAAACCAGGAUUUCUAUACCUGUUGAAAUCCCCCCAGUGAUUAUGGCAACAGUCACAGUUUCAGCUUCUUGUGGAAUUUGCAGGUGAGAAAUUGAAGCAAACUUUGGAGUCAGUCUGAAACAAAGGUACAGAGCAAUUGUAACAAUCCAUUUCCCAAAAGAACUGAAGUUGUGCUGUUUCUUGUCUUUAAUAAGUAAAAGCUAAUGUGUUCAUGGAUUGUGGAUGCAUUUGUGCUGAGCAAACCCACUGGU